CUACACCGCACUCUCUUCUUCUUCUUCUUCCUUCUUCUCUGUUUUUCUCUCUCCUUGUGUUUGGAACCAUGGAUAAUGUUAAACUUGUUAAGAAUGGUGUCUUGAGAUUGCCACCUGGAUUCAGAUUUCAUCCUACUGAUGAAGAACUUGUUGUUCAAUACCUUAAGAGGAAAGUUUGUUCUUCUCCUUUGCCAGCUUCAAUCAUCCCUGAGUUUGAUGUUUGCAGAGCUGAUCCUUGGGAUUUACCUGGCAAUUUGGAGAAGGAGAGGUACUUCUUUAGCACAAGGGAAGCUAAGUACCCAAAUGGGAACCGGUCUAACCGGGCAACUGGGUCUGGUUAUUGGAAAGCUACCGGUAUUGAUAAACGGGUUGUGACCUCUAGAGGAAAUCAAAUCGUUGGUUUGAAGAAAACUCUUGUGUUCUACAAGGGAAAACCACCUCAUGGCUCAAGAACCGAUUGGAUCAUGCACGAAUAUCGCCUCUCUUCUUCUCCUCCGAGUUCUAUGGGUCCCACUCAGAACUGGGUUCUCUGUCGUAUCUUCUUGAAGAAAAGAGCCGGAAACAAGAACGACGACGACGACGGAGAUAGCCGGAAUCUUAGACAUAAUAAUAAUAAUUCGAGUGACCAAAUUGAUAUAAUUACAACAAACCAAACAGAUGAUAAAACAAAACCAAUCUUCUUCGAUUUCAUGAGAAAAGAAAGGACUACAGAUUUGAACCUUUUGCCUAGCUCCCCUUCUUCCGAUCAUGCUUCAAGUGGAGUCACGACGGAGAUCUUCUCUUCUUCCGAUGAAGAGACCAGUAGUUGCAAUAGUUUCAGAAGAAAUCUUUAAUUUAAUUUUAAUGUUGACUAUCUUAAUAAGUUAUAAUAAUUUUA